UUGGUGGUUGCACGCGCUAUUCUAGAUUUUUCUUAUUAUGCGCAGCUUCGAAUACACACAGUUGACACCCUUGAUCAUCUGGAGAGCGCCCUUUCGGUAUUUCACGCCAACAAAGAAAUCCUGCGCGAACUCGAAGUUCGAGAUCAUUUCAAUAUUCCUAAAUUGCACCAACUCUCGCACUACGUCCAGUCCAUCUCAUUGUUCGGUACUACUGACGGGUUCAACACCGAGCUUCCUGAA